GCCGGGAGCUGCUGUGGCCGCACCAUGGGGCAGCUGCUGUGGAGCUGGGUGCUGUGGGGACUCUGGGUGCUGCCAGGUGAGUGCCGGGGUCGUCUGCGUCACCGGGGCAGCCGGACGCACCACGGUGCCAAGGAGGCACGGGGCUCUGUCCUGCAGUGGCCUGCGUGGUGGGGAGGAGAGAUGGGCAUCCAAUGGAUUACAGUGGGAAGCAGAGGGCUCAUUGCUCAGCCUGCCCUUGCUCACACCCGAGCUCCACCAGGGAAUGCGGGAGCAGCGGGCAUGGGGCCCCUUGUCCCAGCACAGGACCCAGCAGAGCUGGCUGGCAGCUCCCGCGUGUCUGACAGCAUCAGUGCCGAGCAACGUCUGGAUAUGUCACCCACUGUGCCUGAGCUGGGCAUGUGCCAGCUGUCCCCUGGCCGAGCGGAGCAGCCCUCUGCCCUCAGGGAUGGAUCAGGCAGAGUGGUGCCACAGGUGGUGCUGGCAGCGCUGGACCCCACGGGCCCUGGCAAUGAGCAGGAGGUGCCUUCUAGUGCAGCAGUCUCUGGGGAGGUGGCAGGAUGGGACAGUCCCCAGGCAGGGCUUGCCUACCCAAAACAAACCGACUGGCCGACCAGUGUCCCCAUGGCUCCUGGCGCCACUCAGAUCUCGUCCCCUGUGCCAAGUGGGCACACAAUGGCUGUUACCCAUGGGAACAGGGAUGUAGAGCCAGCCACAGCCACGCUGUCCUCAGCUCUACAUGUACCUACAGAGAAGAGGACAGGCACCCUGGUGCUAUUAGGCAGCAGCACCACUCCUACAAAGUCUGUGGGAGAACACAGUGCUCUGCAGAGCACCACUGGGCAGCCCACGCUGGGCACAGCCAUCCCUUUGCAAGAGGGGACCGUGGCCAAUGAACGUAUGGAAGCCACCAGCAUGCUGACAGGAGAUGUCCCAGCACCCACUGGAGGUUUGUCACCAUCAGUGACACAUGUUCCUGCAAGUCCUCUGGAGCUGGGGACAGAAGCACCUUCCUCAGUUACCAGCACAGCGAAUGAUGACGAUGGGUUGGGGCAGCCUCACGGUGCUGUCACUGCAGAGGGGACACCGGGGACAGCACAGGGCACGGUGCUGUCUGAUGUCCAACACAGCACGGGGACACCACCCCACUCCCUCACCUGGAUCCCAGCUGAGCUGCACACAGCCGCUGUGCGCCUGUCCCAGGAGGUAAUGCCAGGGCUGGCCGAGGCCACCUCUCCUCUUGUCACAGCAGCCAGUGUCACUGCGGGGGACACAGAGCCUGCGUCAACCAUGUCUGACCGCGUCACAUCUCCCACCGUGCCAGCAACCACAGGGUCUCCCCAUCAUGAUGGAAUACAGAAGUCAGAUACCAUGAUCCUCCCAGGCAGCGUCUCAGCGACAAUCACCCUUUCUCCUGCCACUGAUGGUGUCAGUGAGGCCACAGCCCCAGGGCUGCCAGCCCCUGGCACAGCUGGAGAUGGGCUGCACCGAGAGAUCACUGUCACCCAUCAACAUGUCACCCAUCUUCUCCCUGUUGCCACUGUGUCAGCUCUGGGCACGCCAGCCACAGCCAUGGAUGUCACCACUGCACCGCAUGUACCCACUGCCCCAUUUCCAGCCCUGGGCAGUGCUGAGAUGGUGUCCAUCACUGCUGAAGCCACCUCAGCCACUGCUGUCCUGCAGACUGAGGGCACCCCAAUGGGGCUGAGCAUGGGGACGGUCCCAAGUGCAGUCCCAGCUACGUCACUCCCAGAUGGCCUCCCUGGAGGAGGGUACCGCACCAGGACCCAGGCAGUGACAGUUACACCCACUACCCACCUCGAUGGCAGUACCUCAGGAUGGGCAGGAACGACAGUGACACCACGGUUUGGCUCUGACUCAUAUGGACCAGCCACAGGCACGCUGUCAGCAUCUCCACAUGUACCUCUGGAGAAGGAGACGAGUGCCCCAAUGCCACUGGGCAGCAGCACCACUCCCAUAGAGUCUGUGAGGUCACCCAGAGCUCUGCAGAGCACCACUGGGCAGCCCAUGCUGGGAGCAGCUGUGCCUCUACAGGAAGGGAUUGUGAACAAGGAACAUAUGGAUGCCACCAGCAUGCUGACAGGAGAUGUCCCAGCACCCACUGGAGGUUUGUCACCACCAGUGACACUCAUUCCUGCAGCUCCUUUGGUGCUGGGAACAGAAGCACCUUCCUCAGCCACCAGCACAGCGAAUGAUGACGAUGGGUUGGGGCAGCCUCACAGUGUUGUCACUGCGGAGGGGACACCGGGGACAGCACAGGCCACGGUGCUGUCUGAUGUCCAACACGGCACGGGGACACCACCCCACUCCCUCGCCUGGAUCCCAGCUGAGCUGCACACAGCCGGUGUGCACCUGUCCCAGGAGGUAAUGCCAGGGCUGGCCGAGGCCACCUCUCCUCUUGUCACAGCAGCCAGUGUCACUGCGGGGCACACAGAGCCUGCAUCAACCAUGUCUGACCGCGUCACAUCUCCCACCGUGCCAGCAACCACAGGGUCUCCCCAUCAUGAUGGAAUACAGAAGUCAGAUACCAUGAUCCUCCCAGGCACCGUCUCAGCGACAAUCACCCCUUCUCCUGCCACCGAUGGUGUCAGUGAGGGCACAGCCCCAGGGCUGCCAGCCCCUGGCACAGCUGGAGAUGGGCUGCACCGAGAGAUCACUGUCACCCAUCCACAUGUCACCAAUCUUCUCCACGUUGCCACUGUGUCAGCUCUGGGCACGCCAGCCACAGCCAUGGAUGUCACCACUGCACCGCAUGUAUCCACUGCGCCAUUUCCAGCCCUGGGCAGUGCUGAGAUGGUGUCCAUCACUGCUGAAGCCACCGCGGGAUAUGAUGUCCUGCAGACUGAGGGCACUCCAAUGGAGCUGGGCACGGGGACUGUCUCUAGCAUGGUCACUGCUGUGUCACUCCCAAAUGAUGUCCCUGGAGGAGGGUACCGCACCAGGACCCAGGUAUUGACAGGUGUCUCUGCUGCCCAGCCCAGUGGCAGCACCUUUGGACAGGCAGCAGGGCCAGUGACUUCAAGGUUUGGCAGCAACCCGUAUGGACCAGGCACAGCCACGCUGUCUCCAGUUUCACAUUCCCCCACAGAGAAGGGGAUGGGCACCUCAGUGCCAUCGGGCAGCAGCACCACUCCCAUGAAGUCUGUGGGGUCACCCAGAGCUCUGCAGAGCACCGCUGGGCAGCCCAUGCUGGGAACAGCUGUGCCUCUGCAAGAGAUAACUGUGACAGAGGAACAUGUGAGUGCCAUCAGUAUGCUGACAGGUGGCAUCCCAACACCCACCAGAGGUUUGUCUCCUGCAGUGAUAGACGUCUCUGCAGCUCCUUUGGUGUUGGGGACAGAAGCACCUUCCUCAGCCACCAGCACAGCGAAUGAUGACGAUGGGUUGGGGCAGCCUCACAGUGUUGUCACUGCGGAGGGGACACCGGGGACAGCACAGGCCACGGUGCUGUCUGAUGUCCAACACAGCACGGGGACACCACCCCACUCCCUCACCUGGAUCCCAGCUGAGCUGCACACAGCCGCUGUGCGCCUGUCCCAGGAGGUAAUGCCAGGGCUGGCCGAGGCCACCUCUCCUCUUGUCACAGCAGCCAGUGUCACUGCGGGGGACACAGAGCCUGCAUCAACCAUGUCUGACCGUGACACAUCUCCCACCGUGCCAGCAACCACAGUGUCUCCCCAUCCUGAUGGAAUACAGAAGUCAGAUACCACGAUCCUUCCAGGCAGCGUCUCAGCGACAAUCACCCUUUCUCCUACCACCGAUGGUGUCAGUGAGGGCACAGCCCCAGGGCUGCCAGCCCCUGGCACAGCUGGAGAUGGGCUGCACCGAGAGAUCACUGUCACCCAUCAACAUGUCACCCAUCUUCUCCCUGUUGCCACUGUGUCAGCUCUGGGCACGCCAGCCACAGCCAUGGAUGUCACCACUGCACCGUAUGUAUCCACUGCGCCAUUUCCAGCCCUGGGCAGUGCUGAGAUGGUGUCCAUCACUGCUGAAGCCACCUCAGCCACUGCUGUCCUGCAGACUGAGGGCACUCCAAUGGGGCUGAGCAUGGGGACGGUCCCAAGUGCAGUCCCAGCUACGUCACUCCCAGAUGGCCUCCCUGGAGGAGGGUACCGCACCAGGACCCAGGCAGUGACAGUUACACCCUCUACCCACCUCGAUGGCAGUACCUCAGGAUGGGCAGGAAGGACAGUGACACCACGGUUUGGCUCUGACUCAUAUGGACCAGCCACAGGCACGCUGUCAGCAUCUCCACAUGUACCUCUGGAGAAGGAGACGAGUGCCCCAAUGCCACUGGGCAGCAGCACCACUCCCAUAGAGUCUGUGAGGUCACCCAGAGCUCUGCAGAGCACCACUGGGCAGCCCAUGCUGGGAGCAGCUGUGCCUCUACAGGAAGGGAUUGUGAACAAGGAACAUAUGGAUGCCACCAGCAUGCUGACAGGAGAUGUCCCAGCACCCACUGGAGGUUUGUCACCACCAGUGACACUCAUUCCUGCAGCUCCUUUGGUGCUGGGAACAGAAGCACCUUCCUCAGCCACCAGCACAGCGAAUGAUGACAAUGGGUUGGGGCAGCCUCACAGUGCUGUCACUGCGGAGGGGACACCGGGGACAGCACAGGGCACGGUGCUGUCUGAUGUCCAACACAGCACGGGGACACCACCCCACUCCCUCACCUGGAUCCCAGCUGAGCUGCACACAGCCGCUGUGCGCCUGUCCCAGGAGGUAAUGCCAGGGCUGGCCGAGGCCACCUCUCCUCUUGUCACAGCAGCCAGUGUCACUGCGGGGCACACAGAGCCUGCAUCAACCAUGUCUGACCAUGACACAUCUCCCACCGUGCCAGCAACCACAGGGUCUCCCCAUCAUGAUGGAGUACAGAAGUCAGAUACCAUGAUCCUCCCAGGCAGUGUCUCAGCAACAAUCACCCCUUCUCCUGCCACCGAUGGUGUCAGUGAGGCCACAGCCCCAGGGCUGCCAGCCCCUGGCACAGCUGGAGAUGGGCUGCACCGAGAGAUCACUGUCACCCAUCCACAUGUCACCCAUCUUCUCCACGUUGCCACUGUGUCAGCUCUGGGCACGCCAGCCACAGCCAUGGAUGUCACCACUGCACCGCAUGUAUCCACUGCCCCAUUUCCAGCCCUGGGCAGUGCUGAGACGGUGUCCAUCACUGCUGAAGCCACCUCGGGAUAUGAUGUCCUGCAGAAUGAGGGCACUCCAAUGGAGCUGGGCACAGGGACUGUCUCCAGCAUGGUCACUGCUGUGUCACUCCCAGAUGGUGUCCCUGGAGGAGGGUACAGCACCAGGACCCAGGUAUCGACAGGUGUCUCUGCUGCCCAGCCCAGUGGCAGCACCUUUGGAUGGGCAGCAGAGAGAGUGACUUCAAGGUUUGGCAGCAACCCGUAUGGACCAGGCACAGCCACGCUGUCUCCAGUUUCACAUUCCCCCACAGAGAAGGGGAUGGGCACCUCAGUGCCAUCGGGCAGCAGCACCACUCCCAUGAAGUCUGUGGGGUCACCCAGAGCUCUGCAGAGCACCGCUGGGCAGCCUACGCUGGGAACAGCUGUGCCUCUGCAAGAGAUAACUGUGACAGAGGAACAUGUGAGUGCCAUCAGCAUGCUGACAGGUGGCAUCCCAACGCCCACCGGAAGUUUGUCUCCUGCAGUGAUAGACGUCUCUGCAGCUCCUUUGGUGUUGGGGACAGAAGCACCUUCCUCAGCCACCAGCACAGCGAAUGAUGACAAUGGGUUGGGGCAGCCUCACAGUGCUGUCACUGCGGAGGGGACACCGGGGACAGCACAGGGCACGGUGCUGUCUGAUGUCCAACACAGCACGGGGACAUCACCCCACUCCCUCACCUGGAUCCCAGCUGAGCUGCACACAGCCGCUGUGCGCCUGUCCCAGGAGGUAAUGCCAGGGCUGGCCGAGGCCACCUCUCCUCUUGUCACAGCAGCCAGUGUCACUGCAGGGGACACAGAGCCUGCGUCAACCAUGUCUGACCGUGUCACAUCUCCCACCGUGCCAGCAACCACAGGGUCUCCCCAUCAUGAUGGAAUACAGAAGUCAGAUACCACGAUCCUCCCAGGCAGCGUCUCAGCGACAAUCACCCCUUCUCCUGCCACCGAUGGUGUCAGUGAGGCCACAGCCCCAGGGCUGCCAGCCCCUGGCACAGCUGGAGAUGGGCUGCACAGAGACACAGCCGUCACCCAUUCCCGUGUCACCUCUCAGCUCCAUGUCACCACAGCACCAGCUCUGGGCACAUCAACCACAGCCGUGGAUGUCACCACUGCAUCGCAUGUACCCACCACCCCAUUUCCAGCCCUGGGCAGUGCUGAGACGGUAUCCAUCACUGCUGAAGCCACCUCGGGAUAUGAUGUCCUGCAGACUGAGGGCACUCCAAUGGAGCUGGGCAUGGGGACGGUCCCCAGCGUGGUCCCUUCUGUGUCACUCCGCGAUGGCAGCACAGCUGGGCAAAUGAUGGGGUCAGCGGCCCUGGGAUUGGGUAGCAGCACACAGGCAUCAACAGGCUCAAUCCCAUCUGAAAACCCCACAGUGGGUGUCCCUGCAGCCACAGCCAACACCGAGAGCACUUCUAUGGUGUCAGCACUACCAGCACCACAUCCCUCCAGUGCCAGCACCACUGCUCACCUGGGCACGGCCACACCGAACCACAGCCAUAGCACUGCUCAGGUGACAGUGAACACGGACUCCUCCUCAGCCACUAACCCCGUGGCCGGAGGUGCUGAGCCGGGUGUCAGAAGGGUCACCCCAUUGUCACCAUCUGCACUGGACAGCCAACGUCCUCCCAUAUCCCUGGCAUCGGUCACAGCACUGUCCCCUGCCCUCAGUCGCAGUGCUGCUGAGCAAGAUGUGAGCGUGUCCCCGUCUGUGUUCCAGAACAGCAGUCUGGCAGUGGUGGCAUCCUCCGUCACACCAACUGUGGUGGCAUCCAUCACACCCAGUGCCAGUGUCACUGCUCCAGCAAUGGUGUCACCCUCCAUCACACCCAGCGUCAGUGCCACCAAUCCUGCACUGGGAACAAGAGAUGCCUCUCAAAGUAUGGUCACAACACCCUCCUUUGCUGCCCCCAGCAUCUCUCUGGGUCCACACAGCCCCCAUGUCACCCGAGGGACACCCAUCAACGCCACCAGCAGUCCCAGUGCCCCAACCUUGAGGGAUUCCAGCACACGCGCAUGGGAAGCCACAGCCCUGUCCUGGAAGGACACAGUCCCCUCCAGCAAUGCCAUAACACCAUCUGGCUCACCCAGCAUCGACACCCCCACGGUGACCAGGCACACCACGGUGUCACCUCCUACAGCAAAGGCCACCAGCAGUGCCCAGUCCCCCUCUGCCAUGCACAAUGUCCCCACUGCCCUCAGAGUGACAAACCGCAAGGCCACCUCUGCAUUUGCUGCCAUGUCCAGCCCUUCCAAGGGCACACCAGCAGCCAGCAGCCCCACCAGCACAGCUCCAGGCUUAGGGGCGCAGAGUGGACCAGUCACAGCACCAGGGACACCCACUUAUGCCACCUCCCGGAAUGCUGUGUUCAAGCCUGGCACUGAGCUCGUCCCAGCAGUGUCACUGUACCCAUUUGGAGCAGCGGAAGGGGACACGGAGUGCGUCCAGAGGACAGUGGACUUUAACUCCCCACUGCUGAGGCCGGAGAUUGGGUUCCCCUUGGGGAAGGCACUGCGGGACACCCUCUACUUUACAGACAAUGGACAAAUCAUUUUCCCACCCACAGACAGCCACAUGCCCUCCAGCCCCCACCCCCCUUCCCAGGGCUUCAGUAGCCACGAGGCUUUACCCAUGGUGGCCGCCUUUUGGGACGAUGCGGAUUUCUCUCGUGGUGUUGGCACCACCUGGUACCAGGAGUACCCCACCCUCGGCUCCAUCCAGUAUCCUAUUAUCCGUGAUGUGGAAGCGAAGAUUCAGAAAUACCUGCAGGUGCCAUACUCUGCUAAAUGGACCCUGAAGGUGACGUGGGAGAAGGCUCCAGCAUUCCCGUCCCAGCUGGAUGAUGCACAGACCAACACAUACCAGGCGGUGCUCUCCACCGACGGGAGCCGCUCCUUCGCCUUGCUGCUGUACCAGGAUGGAGGCAUGCGGUGGGACUACGCCAGGCUGGCAGCCAGGGAUGCGCUCAUCGGCUUCUCCAGUGGUGAUGGCUAUGCCCAGAACAGCGAGCUGACCAAAGAGCCACCUGCUGUUAGGUACCGUCCAGACCAACAGCGCAGCUCCGGCAUGGAUGUGCGUGGGCUGUGGCUGUUCCGGCUGGACAGACAUAGCCGGGUGAACUACAGGCUGCAGUGCCUGACGUGGCUGCAGGCACAGCCACCACCAUCCACCUGGAGCAUGGAGCUGCCACCCUGCCCCUGCUCACAGCCCCAGGCAGAGCUGGACCCCCGAUACCGCCGGAGCAGAAGUGCUGAGUCCCCUCCUGCACCUGAAGUGGCCGCAGUACCCCAAAAUACUUCGGAUCUCUUUGUGACGGUGCUGCGCACCACAUCCCCCAGCCGGAUGGGAGCUGGGGUGCGGUGUGUGUACCGUGGCACAGGGUUGUUGGAAGGAUGGCUGGAGAGAUUCUGGAGCCCCCCCACUGACCCUUUAGACAAUGGGGAGCUGGAGGCGUUUGAAUGGUGCUGCCGGCAAGUGGGGAAGCCUCAUUUCUGCACCAGGUACAGCGAGAAGAGACCAAGAGCUGGCUGUGAGGAAUAUGUGCCACCUACCCCUGCCAAUGCCUUUGGGGACCCCCAUGUCACCACCCUGGAUGGCCUUACCUACACCUUCAAUGCACUCGGGGACUUUGUGCUGCUCCUGGCCAGUGAUGCCCACACCAGCUUUGUGCUGCAAGGGCGCAUGGCCCGCACCGGCACAGCCCAGGCCACCAACUUCAUGGCCUUCGUUGCCCAGUACACCUCCAGCACCACCACAACAGUGAGUAGAGCUACUCUCUGCACCCAUUCUGGUAAGCCUCUGGGACUGGAGGAGGACAGGGUCCAGCAGUGUGUCCUCAGCAGGAGGUGGGGAGGGACAAGCAGGGGGGACAUCCUGAGCAGUUAUCCAUUUGCAGUUAUCCAUUUGCAGGUUGAGUGGACCUUGGGGAGCCGUAAUGAGAUCCAUGUUCUGCUGAACUACGAAACCAUCCAGUUUUCCUACUCCCAAGACAUGGGUGCUGAGGUGUAUUACAGCCCCAGUGUCCUGCUGGUCAACACCUCCUCCAUCACAGCCGUCUUUAAUGGGACCAUCUCCAUCUCUGUCUCAGCCAGCUCUGGGAUGCUCAGUGCAGUGUGCAGCCUGCUGGAGCAGUACCGCAAUGGCACCAGGGGCCUGCUGGGUGUAUGGAACGACAACCCAGCAGAUGACUUCCAGAUGCCAAAUGGAACCAACAUCCCUGUAAACAGCAGUGAGGAAGAUGUCUUCUGCUAUGGAAUGACCUGGGCUGUUGGAGAGCACAGCCUGUUUGCCCAGCCCCUGGCUGCACCAGUAAGAACCUUCAACCCCAUCUUCUUGUCUCAGCUGCGACAGGAGAACGAAAGCCAGUAUCAGCUGGCAGCCUCGCAGUGCGGCGGCUGCAGGGAGUGCAUCUAUGACAUGCUGAGCACAGGGGAUGUGGCCCUGGGCCUGGCCACCCAGAGCCUGGUGGAGGACUUCCAGAAGAGAAAGGCAGCACUCAAUGCCUUCCCUCCCAUCAUCACCGGCAGCCCAUUGCUCACAGCAUUCAGGACAGAACAAGUCACCAGGCAGUACCGUGCUACAGGGCCGGGGGUACGCUUUGUCCCUCACGUCUCACCAGAGCUCAACGUAUCAGAGGACGGCAUGCUGACGUGGGAGCCCCGUGGGACAGCCCCGCUCAGCAUCACCCUGCAGGCUGUCAGCCCACACCUCCCCCCAGCCCUCCUGCAGCUCAGCUUCACCCUGUGCAGCUGCCGCAGCAUCCAGCAGUGUGACUACAACAGCACGACCACCAUCGCCAGCUCCUCCUUGCAGCUGGCAGCCUGCAGGUGUGAUGAUGGAUAUUGGGGCCCCUUCUGCCAGCACGAACCAGACCCCUGCGCCCAGGGCUGCUUCCCCGGGGUGGGCUGUGACCCACACACAGGCUGUGGUCCCUGCCCACCUGGGCUGACCGGCGAUGGGCGGCACUGUGCAGGUGACAUAUCGACGAGUGUGCGCAGAAGAUGGCGUGCCAGGGGAACCUCACCUGCACCAACACCGUGGGCAGCUAUACCUGCUCCUGCCCCAGCGAUGCAGCGGGGGAGAGUCUGGGAUGUGGCACUGCCUGCAGGUCCCGUUCCUGCCCUGAGGGCUUCUGCAGCAAUGGGGGACACUGCCACCUGCAUCCUCCCUCCUGUACACCCACCUGCGAGUGUCCCCCCAGCGUUUACCGACCGGCACUGUGUGGUGGCAGGAGGGGACUUCCAGCCCCAGGCCAGUGCAGUUUUGUCCCUAGAUCUGCCCCAAAGGAGCGUGCUGCUGUGGGUCAGGGCACUGCAAAGUGUCACAGCUGAAGAAGUCAAUGCCACGGUCUCAGCCAUCCUGGGCUCCCUGGAGGUGAAGGCGUUUUGGAGCAACGCCAACAUCACCCACAUCAGGACAGCCGAUGGCCUCACCUUUGCUGUGGUGGCCGAAUUUACCUACAACAGCAGCAGCUUUGUCAUCCGCUUCCUGAAUGAGGAGCUGACAGCGGCCAUCACCACUGCCUUCAAUGGGCGGAGGGCACGGCGGGACGUGGGUGCAUAUCUCCUCUUUGCACGCCUACACCUGGACAACAUCACAGACCUGGUGAAAUUAUCGGUGCCUGAGCUGCAGCACUACUUCUCCUGCACGCUGUCUGGCUAUGAGGGUUACCAGCUUGAUUAUGUGGGGACUGUCGGAUUGAUCUGCAUCUCCCCCUGCAAGAAGGGCUACUGCCAGCAUAGCGGCCGCUGCCAACACCUUCCUGAGGGUCCCACAUGCAGCUGCGUGCCCUUCUCCAUCUUCUCCCCGGGCGGUGCCCGCUGUGAGCAGCUCGCCGUCAGCCUCACUGCCUUCAUCAGCAUCAUGGUGGGGGCCCUGGCACUGCUCUGCCUCCUGUUCUCCAUUGCCUGCCUGGCUGCACAGCUCUGCCGUCGGCACCGGGAAGCCCAGGGGACCAAGGGGACCUUCUGGAGGCAGCGGCCGUUCUCCUCCCUGAUGAAGGCAGAAGAGGGGGCAGAGACCUCAGGAAGGCUCUGGGAACCACAGCUCCGGGCCAUCGAUCCGUCCAUCCAGAUGCAGAUCAAGAGACCCCACGUCCUGCCUCCAAGCCAAGGCGCUGCACAGCCCUAGCAUGCUCUGCUCCCAGCAGUGAGGCAGCAAGGGGGGCUCUGGGCACGGGAAGGGGAUGGCACAUACAGGGCUGUGGGACAUGGCUGCGCCAUGAGGACAUGGGUCACCAAAGCAACAGGACCUUCCGUUGAGGACCUGAAGAAGUGAUUGGGGUCAUUCAUAGGAGCGUCUACCAUGGGGUGUGCCCCUGCACGGUGCACCCAUUCCCAGCAAUCACACCCCAUUAUGAACCACACAGAAUAAAAAUGAGAUGAGGGCA